AUGGAGAGCAUUGAGAUUAACAUUCCAACAUGUAAACCGUCUAAACCUGAGGCGCAUGAGACCGGCACGAAAUUUGGAGCCAACAAAACUUGGCUUCAGAUUCAGGGUGUGUGGGAACUUUGCAAGGAAGACACGGGCAGAGAAAUAUUUGCACUCAAAGUUGGGGUAACUGUUCUUCUUAUGUCUUUACUCAUAUUACUUGAAGCCCCGUAUCAAGUCUUCGGGUCUAAUAUAUUAUGGGCCAUUCUCACGGCUAUUCUUGUCUUCGAGGACACUGUUGGAGCAACAUUUAAUCGAGGAUUUAAUCGGGCAGUGGGAACCUUGGUGGCGGGAAUCUUGGCCAUUUUGGUUGCUGAGACCGCACUGUCAUGUGGUCAUGUCGCUGAGCCUAUUAUCAUUGGCCUUAGCAUGUUCAUGAUCGCGGUGAUAACGUCAUACAUGAAAAUGUGGCCAGCACUUGUGCAGUAUGAGUACGGGUUUAGGGUGGCACUGUUAACCUAUUGCUUGAUCAUAGUUUCUGACUACAGAAUUGGUAACCCAAUUAGGACUAUGAUCGAUCGCCUCUAUUCAAUCGCCAUUGGAGGAAUGAUGUCAGUGUUGGUCAAUGUUUCUAUUUUCCCUAUGUGGGCUGGGGACCAACUACAUAAAGAGUUGGUAAAUGACUUCUAUUCAGUGUCAGAUUCACUUGAGGGUUUCAGUUUUCAUUACUAUCGCUCGAAAAAUUUACUGUGCUUCUUCUUUGACUGCAAGGCUAAAUCAGCAAAAUGGGAGCCACCACAUGGUAAAUUCAUGCACAUUUCAUAUCCAUGGUCUCAAUAUGAGAAAGUUGGGGCAGUUCUGCGACGCUGUGCCUAUGAAGUUAUGACACUCCAUAGCAUUGUACACGCUGAAAUUCAGGUACCCUACAAAUUGCGGGUUGGGCUUCAAUCAGAGGUUCAAGAGGCAUCAAACCAAGCUGCUGAAGUAGUAAGAAUGUUGGGAAGGGACAUUAGCUGCAUGCAGUGGAGUCUGAAAGAUUCCCACAUUAAAAGGCUUCAUAACUCUGUUAAGAGAUUGCAAAGUUCUAUGUCCUUCCAAUAUUCUUCUAUGCUGACAUCCGCUUUUGAAUCCCCUACUGAUAACUCUUCAAAUUCCUUUGCAAACAUUUCACACAUCAUCUACCAUGUACCAUAUCAGAGGGAGAUGGAAGAAGAGCUAGAAUGUUACCAUGAAAUAACGGGGAAGCAAUUGAGAAGACUAUAUUCUUGGCCACCUAGAGAGGCAGAUGCUUUUGAAGAAGAUAGUGAGAAAAACAUAAAGAUGAGUACAGCAAUAUUGUCGUUGGCUAACUUCGCUUCCUCCCUCAUGGAGUUUGUGGCAAGAGUCGACCAUUUGGUAGAGGCUGUUGAAAAGCUGUCCAAGAUGGCCAAAUUCAAGUCUGACGAGGGGUUGUAG